CGGAGCCGGUCCUGAAGCGCCUGCGUUGCCGACGUUCUGAGGAGAGUGAAGAGCGGGAGCGGGGGGCGGGGGUGGUUGAGAAAUUGAGCGGGAAACGGCUAGAGGGGGAGCGCCGUCGUCGUCGUCUGCCGCAGGAGCCCCUAAGAGGACCGGUUGCCGCCAUGGGUGACGAGGAUUGGGAUACGGAGAUCACGGGCAAGAAGAUCGGCCGAGGGAGCGUCGGCGGAGAUGGUGAUGCUGGCCUGGAAACUGCACCUACUUUGAAACCCACUUUCCCGAAGCCGGGUGGCUUAUCUGGAAGAGUGAUUGAAUCAUCGGGCAGUUUUGGUCAGAAUGUAAAACCACCAGCUGCCAGUGGAAAAUCAAAUGGAGAAAUGAAACGAGGAAGUGGAUUUGGAAGUGGGAGGACUUUUGGAAGCAGAGGUUUUCAAAGUAUGGGUGAUGGAGGUGUUGCUUGUACAGUUGGAAGAGUAUUUGACAGAUGUGGCAGAGGAAAGUUUACCAAUGAUGAAAAUGAGAAGGAAGAGGGAAAAUGGAAUUCUCAUGACUUUGGCUUUAAAAGAGGAGGAUUUGAUGCUCCAGCAGGUCACUUUGAAAACAGUGGGAAAGGAUUUCAAGAAAGAGGAGGUUACAAAGGAAGCAAUGAGGAAAUAAUUGGAGGUUCUGGAAGGAGUAUGUGGAAAUCAGAUGGUGAUACAGAAAAAGGUGACUGUGGAGGUCCAAAGGUGACGUAUGUACCACCACCACCACCAGAUGAUGAAGAUGCCAUUUUUUCACAUUAUCAGACGGGGAUAAACUUUGACAAAUACGAUGACAUUCCUGUGGAGGUUUCAGGGCCUGAUAAACCACCAGGAAUACUGACAUUUAAAGAAGCUGCUCUGUGCCAGACACUAAUCGAGAACAUUGAUAGAGCUGGAUAUAAAAAACUUACUCCAGUGCAGAAACACAGCAUUCCUAUUAUUCUGGCAGGGCGUGAUUUAAUGGCGUGUGCUCAAACAGGGUCUGGAAAAACAGCAGCUUUUCUUAUUCCAAUUUUGGCACAUAUGAUGCGAGAUGGGGUUACUGCCAGUCAAUUCAAAGAGCAACAAGAACCAGAAUGUAUAAUUGUAGCUCCAACUAGGGAACUGAUAAAUCAGAUAUUUAUGGAAUCAAGAAAAUUUUUGUAUGGAACAUGUAUACGUCCCGUUGUCAUUUAUGGAGGUAUACAAGUAGGUUAUACAAUUUGUCAGAUAAAGCAAGGCUGUAAUAUAUUGUGUGCUACUCCUGGAAGACUUUUGGAUGUCAUAAACAGGCAAACGAUUGGAUUGAGCAAAUUAAAAUAUUUGGUGUUAGAUGAAGCUGACCGUAUGCUGGACAUGGGAUUUGGCCCUGAAAUGAAGAAGCUGAUCUCAAGCCCUGGCAUGCCAGCAAAGGAGCAGCGUCAAACACUGAUGUUCAGUGCUACUUUCCCUGAAGAAAUUCAGAGGCUGGCUGGAGAAUUUUUGAAGUCCGGGUACUUAUUUGUGGUUGUUGGUCAAGUGGGUGGAGCCUGCAGUGAUGUUCAGCAGUCUGUACUUCAAGUGAAACAGUAUGACAAGAGAGAAAAGCUUAUUGAGAUUCUCCGUGACAUAGGUAAUGAGAGAGUCAUGGUAUUUGUGGAAACUAAGAAAAAAACAGAUUUCAUUGCGACGAUACUUUGCCAGGAACAUAUACCAGCAACAAGUAUUCAUGGGGAUCGGGAGCAGAGAGAGCGAGAAGAAGCUCUCCGUUAUUUUCGUUUGGGAAAAUGCCCUGUGCUUGUUGCUACGUCAGUGGCUGCGAGAGGUCUGGAUAUUGAAAAAGUUCAACAUGUUAUAAAUUAUGAUUUGCCUUCCACCAUUGAUGAGUAUGUUCACAGAAUUGGACGAACUGGGCGUUGUGGUAAUAUAGGCAAAGCUGUUUCCUUUUUUGAUCCUCAAUCGGACACUGCUAUUGCACAGCCUUUAAUAAAAGUCCUUGUAGAUGCUCAGCAAGAAGUACCAGCAUGGCUCGAGGAGAUAGCUUGUAGUGCUGGUGGAAUCAGUUUCAGCAGUUCGAGGGGGAGUACGUUUGCAUCUAUUGAUUCUCGAAAGGUUUUCCAUGGCAAAGAUAAUCAGUGCAGUGGAGGAUUUGCAGCAUCAAAUAUAACUGCAGCUGAUGAAUCAUGGGAUUAAGGCAGUACUCUCUCAUGGAACAAAUCUCUUAAUGUACUGUUUUGAAUCUUCCAAACAAGUCAAUUAUGGAGAGAGACUGGAUUAUGAACAUAUUUACUCAAGUCCCUUAGAUUUCAGUGGAACUUACUUCCAAGUAAACAUGGUUAGGAUUGUGACUUUAAUGUUUAAAAAACUGUUGUUGUUACUUGGUUCCUUGAUUGAAUGCAGUUCUUGAAUAUCGUCAAGACUGGCAGAUUACAUAUAUAAUUUGAAUUGCUUAAUUUAGUUGCUAAAUUUAAUAGUUGUGUGAAGUAACACCACUUGUAAAGAAUUGGUUAAAGGAUUAUAAAACAUUAAAUAAAAAUGUAGGAUUGUGUCCUGUUCUUUGGGUUGUAUAGAGCUUGUCUCAUUUCUCUCAAAACCUACUUAGAAGUCAUUGAUUAUCAUUGAGAUGCAAUUAGUUUG